AUGGCUAAUGCUACAAAUCUCUCGAGGGCCGCUACUGUGUCAGCGGCCUCCGCUUCCCAUCGACGCAUACAGCCACGCAGAGGAAGCUUCACCGCCGACCGGUCAGAUACCAAGUCACUCUUUAACCAUUCCUUCGACAACAAGCGUGUUUCCAGAGACGACCUUGCUCUCAUUCUAAAAAGCUCAAAGUCGAGCACAAACGUAACAGCGUUUCAUAUCCCGAUCCAUGGCCGACCUCCAUCUCCCGAACUCAGUCCGCGUACCUCAUCACAGCCGAGAACGACUCUGGUGCGAACUUCAACCCCGGAUUCUAUGGGAGAUUCUGGAGAAGUUGGAGUAAUUGCUGUCGGUAUGGCCAUAGGAAGUCCAACGCAGAUGGGAGAUUUCACACCGGCGCCCUGGAACCCACGGAACAGAGCUAUGAGUGCUGCUGUUGACACACAAGAACCCGAGCCUCAGUCUACGCAAGAACCUGUUGAGGAGAAGCCUCGUAAAUGGGGCAUCUUCCGAUCAAAGUCAAAACGAUCAACCAGACCGGAAAAGCCUCAGCGAUCUUUGACAGAUAGCAACGCUUCCAGCGUAUCAUUAGCUUCGUCUGCCAUCCCAUCAGAAGACCCAAGCUCACGAAGAGCACCAAAACACAAACCUAUCGUCCUUCGAGCUCACACUGAGCCAAGACUAACUAUAUCCGAACCACUGGAACUAGCUGGAGAAUCACCGCUGUCCGUUCAAACACCAAGCGAGACCGUCACUUCACCGUCCAAAGCUGGAAAGGAGAAGGCUACUACCCCGAUCAAGGCAUCAAAGGAGCCCGGAUCUGGAGGGAUGGCUCGCAAGAUGACACUGAGAGGCCUUCGGGGAGACUCGAAGAAGAAGAGAGCGGAAAGGACACCUGUGCCACCAUCUUCACCUCCACCGAUGCCUGCGAUUCCUCGCGCACUCCUCGACGUCGAGAUCCCUAGCAUUAAGAUGGACCGAUAUAGUGUUAUGUUCAACAGCGUAUUGCAGCCUCAGCAGCAGGGUUCUUCGUCCUCCCUCCUUGCUCGACGACAAGCGAACCUUGAUAAUCUCAAGACAGUCAAGGAUGCCAUCGCCGAAAACAGAGGUGGAUAUCAACGUACCAGGAGAGCAACAUCGCCACAGCCAUCGCCUAGUUUCGAGCCCAACGCAGAUACUUCGAAGCCACUACCUUCACCUCGCUUCCGUGCCAACACAAAUCCCGUUCCUUACGACUCUCCUAGCUUCGUGUCAACACCGGAGAUCUUGACCCACGAAGCCAAGGCUCAGAUCGUUCAGCUCCCACCCUCAUCAGCAUCACCACACGAAAAGUUUGCCCAGCAAGCAACCCACUACCAGCCUGUUCUGGUUUCCAAGUUCAAUAGGCGUCCCAGUGGUGCGGCACCAGAAAGGAUUAGUCUCAUCCCCAAGAUACACCCUUCGCCGCCGAGGGCAACCAUGUCACCUGAGAAGUUCUCUAAGCAGAACUCUCCUUACACUCCUGGUUCUGGAGCCCUGCCAGCGUCUCCCGAACAUACAGACGAUGAAAAGGACAUCGGUGUUGCCAAGAGACGGAACCACUCUCCUUCGCACAUGGCCUCACCCCCAGCUUCUGUCACAUCCUCCAAAGCCGAGACUUCGAGACGGUUCUCUCCUACUUCAUCCCUGGCCUCACCAAAGAAGCAAGCUUCUGAGGCCGACGCCCAGGAGGCUCUACGAAAUGCUGUUGAGGUCUCUAUUGCUCGUCAGAUCAGCGUUUCUCAGCAGCAGCGUAAGAUGCUGCAUCCCCUGAAGAGCAACCCUAGCAUAAGGCACAGACGCAACGGUAGCCCUGGUAGCUCUGGGCCAAGCUAUAUUGCUAUCGAGAAAGACGAGCGCCUCUCUGAGACCAAAUCAUCUACCCCUGUCUUGGUGAACCCACGAGAGCUAUCCUACUCCCCUGAUGCUUAUCAGAUGAACCGCAAGAGCGAGAUGGUUAUCCUCGAGGAAUCUUAA